CCCACUCACCCACCCACCCGCCAGUCCUAUUUUUGGCAACCACCACCAGCCGGGGCCUCCCUCCAGAAACGUGAAAGCCCUGGAUUUUCUCCGUUGCGUCACUUGGCCACCUCCAAGCUGCGUCCUCCUUCCUUCUUUCCAGAGAUGCCAGCCGCCUCCUCGGGGCUUGUUUGCUUCGCUUCUGGAGCGGGUUGGCUCCUCUGCCUCCUUCCCAGCGCCUCCUAAGCCCCUUCUGCCGGAGCGGAUGGGUGGGGAAGGCGGUCCCCGGCCAUCCGCGGGGAUCUGAGAGAGAAGCAAGCGAGAGGAGCCUUUCCCCGUGGAUGUUGCGGGGAGCCCGUGGCCUCUCCCCGCCAGGACCCAGAGGAUGGGGAGUGCCAGCCCAGCCCUGCAACGAGGAGGGCUCCUCUGCCUUUUGGGCGUCCUGUUGCUGCUGAGCCGAGGCAGCCGAUCGGGGAAAACAACCUGCCCGGCUUGGUGCACUUGUACCAAAGAUAACGCGCUCUGCGAAAACGCCCGCUUCAUCCCGCGCAGCGUGCCGCCUGAUGUCACCUCCCUAUCCUUCGUCAGAUCUGCUUUCACCAAAAUCCCCGAGCGGAGUUUUGUCUUCUCCCCGUCUCUGCAACUUCUAUUAUUUACGGCAAACAAUUUUGACGUCAUUAGUGGUGAUGCUUUCAUAGGCCUUCCUCAUCUAGAAUAUUUGUUUAUAGAGAACAACAACAUCAAGUCACUUUCAAACACGUCUUUCCGAGGACUGAAGUCGUUGAUUCACCUGAGUCUUGCAAACAAUAAUCUCCAAACGCUCCCCAAAGAUAUAUUCAAAGGAUUGGAUUCAUUAACGAACGUGGAUCUUAGGGGCAAUGCAUUCAAAUGUGAUUGCAAACUGAAGUGGCUGGUUGCAUGGGUGAGCAGAACAAAUGCCACAAUAGAAGAUAUAUAUUGCGAAAGUCCACCAGAAUAUAAGAAACGCAAGAUCAAUACCAUUUCUCCCAGUGAAUUUGAUUGCAUUAUUACAGAAUUUGUUGUCUUUCGAAAACUUCCAUAUCAGUCCCUCUCUGUGGAGAGUUUCUCAUACCUGAAUGAUGAAUAUGUGGUCAUUGCCCAGCCUUUUAUUGGAAAAUGUAUCUUUCUUCAAUGGGAUCACGUGGAAGGGACUUUUAGGAAUUUUGACAAUAUUACAGGGAUUUCAGUGGUUGUCUGCAAGCCUGUUAUUGUUGAUAAUCGCCUAUAUAUCAUCGUCGCCCAACUCUUUGGUGGAUCCCAUAUCUACAAAAGAGAUAUUCAUGCAAAUAAAUUUAUCAAAAUUCAAGAUAUUGAGAUUCUCAAAAUCAGAAAGCCCAACGACAUCGAAACAUUCUCAAUUGCAGAUGACACGUACUUUGCUAUAGCGGACAGUUCAAAAGCCGGCAUCACCACUGUUUACAAAUGGAAUGGGAAUGGGUUUUAUUCAGACCAGUCUUUGCAUGAGUGGUACAGAGAUACAGACGUGGAAUAUUUUGAAAUAUCUGGGAAACCCCACUUGAUCCUGUCAAGCAGUUCUCAGCACCCUGUGAUAUAUCAGUGGAGCAAAGGGACAAGCAACUUCAUUGAUCCUGUUGAUAUUCCAGAUAUGGAAGAUGUUUAUGCUGUUAAGCACUUCAAAGUAAAGGAGGAUAUUUAUGUUUGUUUAACAAGAUUCAUUGGAGAUUCCAAGGUGAUGAAAUGGGGAGGAUCCAAAUUUCUGGAUUUACAAAGGAUGCCAUCCAGGGGCUCAAUGGUAUUCCAACCUCUUCAGAUAAAGAAUUACCAAUAUGCCAUUCUUGGAAGUGAUUAUUCUUUUACUCAAGUCUAUUUUUGGGAUGUAGGAAAAGCCAAGUUUGUGAAGUUUCAAGAAUUAAAUAUACAAGCGCCGAGAUCUUUCACGCAUGUCUUUGUUGACAAAAAAGAUUUUCUUUUUGCAUCAAGCUUUAAAGGGAACACAAUGAUUUAUAAACAUAUCAUAGUUGACUUAAGUGCGUGACGUACACACAAUCCACACAUACACAUAAAAACAAACACACACAGAAUGUGGAGUCUGUUGUGAAACUUCCUCCACCAAUCAUGUGGACUUAAUGAACUUGGUGCAUGACAACGAUUCUCUUUACUUCCAGUCUACGGAAUGCCUUUAACAGUCGAGAUUGCUAGAAUUACGUAUCUUCAUCCAUAAAUGUCGAGUCUAGUGCUGUUGAAAAUUGCAUUUUUAAGCAAGACAGAUUACAUUGUUAAUUAUUAUUUGAAACCACUAUGUAAAUAUGCAGUGAAACUCCAUCUGUUUUAGGUGGGGAGAGGGAAACGAUAAGAUGUAAUUUUCCAUAACAUACCUAUUUGAAAACUGCCAAAUAAAAAUGUUUACAUUUUC